CACGACGCUCCACACCGGUGCACCACGGGGUACGCAUUCAAACUGACCAGCGCGUCUCUCUCAGCGCAGACACCAUCCUCUCUCCACAUCCAUCAGCGAGCAGCGUCACUGCAGCUGACCACACGAGCCGGUACCAAGGAGCUGCGGAGAAGAAGAAGAGGAGCAGGGAGGAAGUGAUGUUCUUCCCUCAGCUCACUGUGACUGUUAGCUCAGCGUGGGUUUGAACCUGUCAGAACGCCUCAGAGCAGCAGCCUCUUCUCAGGCCUGGACUAUCUCCCCACUCUCCUCGAACAAAAACAUCCCAGCUAAGCAAAACGUCCCAACCUGACACUUGGCUGUCCUCCACCCGCUCUUCUCCCGUCCCUUGUGCCAUGGCCUUUACCCUGUCAGAGAUCAUGGCAGCAAGACGGCAACAAUCACAGGCUCAGUUGCAAGCCCAGCGAGGCAACAGGACAGCAGUGGAAGUGGACGAAUAUAGCACCAACCCGACUCAGGCCUUCACCUUCUACAACAUCAACCAGGGACGCUUCCAGCCACCACUCGUCCACAUGGUGGACCCGAUGCCCCACGACUCGCCCAAGCCGCCGGGCCACACCCGCUUUGUGUGCAUCUCGGACACUCACUCCCGCACCGACAGCAUCCAGAUGCCGUAUGGAGACGUUUUCAUCCACGCGGGAGACUUCACUGAGCUGGGCCUGCCCUCUGAGGUCAAGAAGUUCAACGACUGGCUAGGUACCCUGCCCUACGACAUCAAGAUAGUAAUCGCCGGAAACCAUGAGUUGACUUUUGACCAGGAGUUUAUGGCUGACCUGAUCAAGCAGGACUUCUACUACUUCCCUUCUGCCUCCAAGUUGAAGCCAGAGAAUUACGAGAACGUCCAGUCGCUGCUCACCAACUGUAUUUACCUGCAGGACUCUGAGGUGUCGGUGCGGGGCUUCAAGAUCUACGGCACCCCCUGGCAGCCCUGGUACUACGGCUGGGGCUUCAACCUGCCCCGGGGUCAGGCUCUGCUGGACAAGUGGAACCAGAUCCCUGACAACACUGACAUCCUGGUCACACACUGCCCCCCACUGGGUUUCCUGGACUGGGUCCCGAAAAAGAUGCAGCGUGUGGGCUGCAUGGAGCUGCUCAACACAGUCCAGAGGAGGGUCCAGCCCAAGUUCCAUGUGUUCGGACACAUUCAUGAAGGUUACGGCAUGAUGACUGACGGCACCACGACGUUCGUCAACGCCUCAGCCUGCACCGUCAACUUCCUGCCCAUGAACGCGCCCAUCGUCUUUGACCUUCCAAACCCCAGGACCACAUGACUAGAGGAAGCUCUCCCCAAAACACCCGCCGCCAGUCUGGAGAAAGGAGCCAGGAGAGGUAGGUGAGGUCGUUGGGGCAGGGCGGAGCAGAGUCUGUAAAUAUGAGGCAGUAUGUGUGAAACACGACACACACGGUACAUGCCUGGAGAUGGAGCAGACUAAGUGAGGGGUGUUCCCUCACGCUAUUAAUGUUAUUUUAUGUGCCAUCGUUUCUUCAUCUCCACACUGAGUCUAAGAGCAGACAAACGGACGAGCGGAGAGACUCUUUUAUAUGCGGACAAAUGGACAUUUCUCUGUCCUCUUUUACUGCACUGACAAUCUGAAACGGCUCUCACAGAGACGAGAGGCAUUUGGACUUAAAGUGAAACAACCCAGCACCUCGUCUACAUGAGAGUUCUGGUUAAGCUACGACUCAACAGCAGCAACGGAACAUUUGCCCGGGGGAUUCUCCCUUCCCACUUUAAACAUUAACUCCCCCCCCACCCCCCCCUUAUCUUCCUCCUGUUUCACUCCCCUCCUCGGGCCCGGAGCAUGAUGGAGUGUGGUUUUUUUUGCCAGUGUGUGUGUGAGUGUAUGUGCGAUCAAAGCCAGUGUGUAAGGGCAGCAAGAGGUCUCUGCCAAGGGCUGUUUGAGUGUCGGGGUGUCAAACAUGUUGACACCGCUCCCCUGGGCCUCAUUACAGCCCUCAUAAGCCUCUUAUCCAGCCGAGAGGAGGACACAGAGGAAACCACACGCAGCACUUCCCUUUUUCCCCCCCUUUUUUCCCUCUAUGUAGCUGCCCUUUCACCCUUUUCCCCUCUUUUUUUCCUUCCCGUCUAUCCUUCUUGCUGUCGACUAGCACAGCCUUUUUUUUUAGCGGCGUCUAAGAAGGCGGGCUUUUUGGAUUUCGAAAAGACAACACAUACGACGUAAAGGUUACGUGCUAUAUGCUAACGCUACUUCCGGACAGUCAUUCUGAGCCGUGGUGGUUGUUUCAAGGACCCUCCCUCGUGCAGGGAGAGAUAAAACUUUGUAUCCUUUUUCAGGAGGAGUAACGCUGUAACUACAUGUACUGUAACUGGUCUAUGUAAAUGUUCUUUGUCAACGUAAAGAAGAAAGAAACUUGAAGUUGUUGCUAUGCUUUAAAAAUAACUUGUUAAUAUUUGUGAUUGUUACAUUUCCUUUGGUCUAAUUCUUAGUAAUGUAAAUGCUUAUUAUAGUAUUUUCUUCUGUGUAAAGCUGCUCGGCCCCAUUUGGUGAUUAUUAACUCUUUCAUGUCUCUUAGCAGUUUGUCUGUGUUUUUAAAAAAAGAAGCUUUUCUUUUUUCGUUUUCCUCCUUUGCUCUAUUUUCUGAUUAAGGCCGUUCUCAGAAAGAAUCUGAAUGUGCUUAGCAUAUCAAGACCAUGUGACACCUUGAUCUUUUUUGCUCUCUGACAUUAUGUAUGAACGUUCCCCGGGGCUGCAGUUUACUCCCGCAGUCACUCUCGCUCCCUCAUCACAUCAGCAUUCAUUGUGCCAGCUGAUGUUUUAAUGUUUCCAAACAGACAAAAGAGGAAAGAGCAGCAAAAUUGCUCAGCAAGAAACCAAUGUGCGGGGGUAAUGGUGGGAGGUGCGUGCACUUGUUCGAGCAUAAACAUUGUCUGUACGUGUUAUGCUAAUGUUAUGUGGAGCAGUUUGAGUUUUAGGCCUUGAAAUUGAGGACAUUUUGGCAGAUGCUCCGUCCUUUAAGAGGCAGGUUUAGGAUUUGGUUUGGAAAUAAGAUUAGGGAUUUAAGGUAUGGGGUGUAGAGAGUAUGGGCACUGCGGAUUAAUAAAACAAGGACAUAUUCACCAAUUUGGCAACACAUUCAUCCGCUGCUUAAUUUGGAAGUCCUAGAACUGGGAGAAGAUGCUGGUCUGACAAGUCAGUUGAGGAUCUGAUAACAUAUACAGUGUAGUUUGAAAUGUAAAAUACUUUUGGAUGAGGAAAAUAGUCCACAAAGAAGUUGUAUUUUUGAUUAAACUCAGAAUCAUGGCAGUCAAAUAAUAGCCAUUAGUGGCUAGCACAAGCAAAUCAAGGCUGCUAUUAUUAGGCUAGCAAGAAACUGUCAUGUCAUACUCGGCUUUGCUGCAUUGAGUUUUUCUUAUAAAACAUAAACUUAUUUCUGAUAGUGUUACUAUUUUUUCUAUUGCUGUUAAGUUAAGGUUCCUGCAGAUGUCUCACAUUAAAAGCCUGCUGGGAAGUGUCGCGGGUGUUUUAUGGUAUAUUAAAGUUUCUGGUUUGAAUGAAUCCGCCUAUUAAAAAGAGUUAUCAGUGUUCAUCCGCCUUAUAGAAGUGGGCUUUAUCAUCUAUUCACACAGUUGAUCAGCAGAAGAAGAAACACAGGACUCACAGGAGUCCGGUGUCCCGUGUGAAACCAACCUAACCAAGUACUUUUGUUUCAUUCAGUUUGAGGCGUCUGACGUAUUAGAAUAUGUUAGCGAUCACCACUGAUAACGCUUAUUUAAUAGGCUGAUAACGUUCAAAAUGCAGCAGGUAAGAACUAUCCCA